GAUAUUGUACAGAAGUCCAUGUCAUGAUUAUCUUUUACAAAUCACGACGCACAACUGUUGUUGUUACGCCCACCAGGUUUUGGAUUUAUUGAGGAUAUUUUUAUGAUGUUGUGGUAAAACUUUGGUCCAUUUUGAUGAAGUUGUGGAAGCUGCUGGUAGACUCUAGUGACAUGUUCAAUGUUCUUAUCCUUUCGUCUCUGUUAAUCAUACGUGUCUGUCUCCCACUUUCAUCAGUGCACAAACCUUGUGAUCUUCCACACGUGAUCACACUCUAAUCAGAUCCUCCCAACCCUCCCAACACACUUCCAUGAUUCAAUCACUGUUGCCUCCUUUAAUGGCCUCUAUUAUUUAUCUCUAGCUAUGCUGUAACUUAGGCCGAAUCUUUAUUUGAUUUGAUUUAGUGCAGCUAAACUUUGAUGAUUCGGUUGUGAAUAUUAAAUAUCUAGCUGCUGAAGGGUGUUUCAUAUCCUCCUCAUAUAGUCCCAGUUUAAGGUGUGUUUGUGGAUGAAUUUGAAGAACUUUCCAGUUAUUCAUCUCUAUAUUGAAGAUUAUUUUCUGAUAUGAUAUUUUGAAUAUUCCAACUCAGUGCUUUGUGGAUUUUUAUGCUUUUGCAACCUUUAUUAUUCUUCAGUCACUUUUGUUUCUCGAUCGGAAAUUUUCUUCUUUUCCUUUUGUUAUUUUUAACUGGUGGUGGUCUUUAAAUUGGUGAGUGAGACAUGUGGGGGAUGGGUUCUCUGAGUAGGAUUUAGGUUGGAUACCUAACACAAAGCAAAGUGGCAUCCAAGUUGGACAUCCUGAUAAGCUACUUGUUUCUUGGUCCACUUUGGCUGUGAUUUUGAGGGAUCUUGAUUAGGAGAACCGUGAAGUGUUGAGGCGAACUUCGUAAUUCUUUAAUCGGGUACAAGUAACUUGUGGAGAAGUUACUCUGACAUGGUAUGAGGUUGAAAGUUUUGGCUGUGCCAUGAAAAAUUGGAAGUGUACAAUAUGGUUAGCAACAGGACUAUUGUUUGGUUUAGAAGGGACCUUAGAAUUGAGGACAAUCCUGCAUUAGCUGCUGCUGCCAGGGAGGGUUCUGUACUUCCUGUUUAUAUAUGGUGCCCUAAAGAGGAGGGACAAUUUUAUCCAGGAAGAGUGUCAAGGUGGUGGCUGAAGCAAUCUCUUGCUCAACUGGAUCGGUCACUGAAGUCUCUUGGGACCAGGCUUGUGUUCAUCAAAACCCAUAGUAUUGUCACAGCUCUUUUGGACUGCAUAAAGGCCAUUCAAGCAACAAAAGUAGUGUUUAACCAUCUAUAUGAUCCAGUUUCACUUGUCCGUGACCACAACAUCAAAGAAAAACUAGUGGAACAAGGCAUCUCUGUGCAAAGCUACAAUGGGGAUCUGUUGUAUGAGCCAUGGGAAAUAUAUACUGAGAGUGGACGUGCUUUCACUACCUUCGAUGCUUUUUGGAAGAAAUGCUUGCACAAGCAAAUGGAUGUUGUUUCAGUUGUUCCUCCGUGGCAAUUAACUCCAGCUGAAGGAAAAGUUGAGUGUUGUUCAGUGGAGGAACUGGAUCUUGAAAAUGAAUUAGAAAAGCCAAGCAACGCGUUACUGGGACGGGCAUGGUCACCGGGUUGGAGAAAUGCUGACAAGGCCUUAACAGAAUUUGUGGAGCAGCAUCUACUUCACUACUCCAAGAAAAGGCUGAAGGUUGGUGGAGACUCAACGUCACUCUUGUCCCCAUAUCUUCACUUUGGAGAAUUGAGCGUGAGGAAAGUUUUUCAAGUGACACGUAUGAAGCAAAUAUUAUGGACAAAUGAAGGCAACAGUGUUGGUGAAGAGAGUGUAAAUCUUUUUCUGAGGGCCAUUGGACUUAGAGAGUACUCACGUUAUCUUUGUUUCAACUUUCCCUUCACUCACGAGAGAGCACUUCUGGGGCACUUAAAGUUUUUUCCUUGGGAUCCUGAUCCUGAUAACUUUAAGACUUGGAGACAAGGGAGGACUGGUUAUCCUUUGGUUGAUGCAGGAAUGAGAGAACUUUGGGCAACAGGAUGGAUACACAACAGAAUAAGAGUAAUAGUUUCAAGUUUUGCUGUCAAAAUGUUGCUUCUACCUUGGAAAUGGGGGAUGAAGUAUUUCUGGGACACACUUUUGGAUGCAGACCUUGAAAGUGAUAUCUUGGGUUGGCAGUAUAUCUCAGGUGGCUUACCAGAUGGUCAUGAGCUUGAGCGCUUGGACAAUCCUGAGAUUCUAGGUGCCAAGUUUGAUCCAGAAGGUGAGUAUGUGAGGCAAUGGCUACCUGAGUUGGCAAGAAUGCCAACUGAGUGGAUCCAUCACCCCUGGGAUGCACCACUUACUGUGCUUAGAGCAUCAGGAGUUGAGUUGGGUCAAAAUUACCCAAAGCCAAUGAUUGAUGUAGAUUUGGCCAGAGAAAGACUCACUGAAGCUAUAUUUAAGAUGUGGGAAUCUGAGGCAGCAGCAAAAGCUGCUGGUACUGAACCAAGGGAUGAAGUUGUUGUAGACAACACUAACAGUGUUGAAAACUUGGACACUCCAAAACUUGUCUUUCUGGAAAAGGCUCCGUGUGCUACUGUUUCUGCUAAUGAUCAGAAGGUACCAGCACUACCGGAUUCCAAGAUAGACCACCCUCCUACUCGUAAGAGGCCAAAUUGUAUGGUAGAGGAGGGGCAGAACCAGGAUAACUCUCAAAAUCAUAACAAAGAUAUUGGAAUGUCAAGCAUUGAUCAAGACAUUUGCUCCACAGCUGAUUCUUCAUCAUGCAAGAAGCAGUGUGCCAGUACAAGCUCAUAUUCAUUUUCAGUUCCACAACAGUGUUCCUCAUCUUCAAAUCUAAAGUGGCCAUGGCAAGAACAGAUUGACAUGGAGCAGAGUUCUAGCAAAGAUGGAGCUAUGUGAAAUCGAUGUUGUUCUCGUUGAUAAAUCCAAUAGCAGCUGCAGGACUCACGUAAAGAAAAUGGUGGCAUAUUUGAGACCUGCGGUUUGUUUUGCAUAUGCUAUCAAUCAGUUGUGUAAUAGGUUAUGAAAUCCAACAAGAAGAACACGGAUUAAAACAACAGUGAACAUUGUAUAUUAUGAACUUGUGCGAUUGGCUGGUCCAAAAGCAUUCUGACAAUCUCCUAGGUACAAGCUAUAUCAACAAAUACUCUACACAAAACAUUACUUUAAUUUUAUUCGUGUUACUAGA